CCUUCACAAACAAGAGAGAAAAUGGAAGCCCUUUCUUCCUCAUUCCUCCAAGCAUACCCUCUCAAUCACACACCUUCUUCCCCAUCACCAAUCCUCAAACUCAAAAUUUCAUCAGUCCAAAUCGAUGAAAAACAAGCUAAAACUUAUCAUCAAACAACAUUUCUCCCUCAAAAAAAGCCCAAACAUUCACACAAUCCAAAUACCACCACACCUCCAAAACCAAACCAAAUCAGCAAAAUCUUCGCCUCAUUGGACAAUUUCAUCACCGAUUUCAUCGACCUCCCUCUCCGCCCCUCCAUCGACCCCCACCACGUCCUCUCCGGCAACUUCGCCCCCGUCCCCGAGCAUCCCCCGACCCCCUGCCCCGAGGUCAAGGGCACCCUCCCCCUGGCCUUAAACGGCACCUACAUCCGCAACGGCCCCAACCCCCAGUUCUUCCCCCGCGGGCCCUACCACAUGUUCGACGGCGACGGCAUGCUCCACGCCGUCACCGUCUCCGGCGGCCGCGCCAUAUUCUGCAGCCGCUUCGUCAAGACCUACAAGUACAGCCUCGAGAAGGAGGUCGGGUCUCCGGUCAUCCUCAACGUCUUCUCCGCCUUCAACGGCCUCCCCGCCUCCCUCGCGCGGUGCUCCGUCACCUUCGCCCGCUUCCUCCUCCGCCAGUACGACCCCCGCCGCGGCGUCGGCGGCGCGAACACCAGCCUCGCCUUGAUCAGCGGGAAAUUGUUCGCUCUAGGGGAGUCUGAUCUCCCCUACAGAGUGGAGAUAACACCAGACGGAGACAUCGUCACCAUAGGCCGCCACGAGGCCUUUGGUGAGCCGUACAUGACAAUGACGGCUCACCCUAAGACGGACGCGGAGACAGGAGAGGUCUUCGCGUUCCGCCACAGCAUAAACGCUCCGUAUUUAUCCUUCUUCAGGAUAAAUGCGGAGGGGAUCAAGCAGCCGGAAAUUCCGAUUGCGUCGCUGAAUGAAGCUUCUCUUGUUCACGAUUUCGCGAUCACGAGAAAUUACGCGGUGUUUCCCGAUCCGCAGAUCGUGAUCAAGCCGGCGGAGAUCGUGAGGGGGCGGGCGCCGCUGAGGAUUGAUGCGGCGAAGGUGCCGAGGCUGGGGAUCGUUCGGCGCUGCGAGGAGAGCGGCGGCGAGAUGUGGUGGGCGGACGUGCCGGGGUUUAAUAUGAUGCACGCCGUGAACGCGUGGGAGGAGGACGGCGGCGACACCGUCGUGGUGGUGGCGUCGAAUGUGCAGCCGGUGGAGCAUGUGCUGGAUCGGAUUGAUUUGAUUCACUCUUCCGUGGAGAGGGUGGAGAUAAAUGUCGGGGACAGGAGUGUGCGGCGGCGAGCGGUGGCUGUCGGAAAUCUGGAUUUCGCCGUCAUCAAUCCGGCUUACGUUGCGAAGAAAAACAGGUAUGUUUAUGCAGCAAUAGGAGCACCAAUGCCUAAAAUAGGAGGGGUGGUUAAGAUAGAUCUAUCACUUUCAACCAAGGACUCCGGCGAUUGCACGGUGGCGAGACGCAUAUAUGCACCGGGAUGCUACGGCGGCGAACCAUUCUUUGUGGCAAGAGAACCUGAUAAUCCGGAGGCGGCGGAGGAUGACGGCUAUUUAGUGACAUAUUUACACGAUGAGAAUAGUGAGGAAUCCAAGUUCAUAGUGAUGGAUGCCAAAUCUCCAAAUCUUGAUGUUAUUGCCGCCGUUAAGCUGCCUGGACGAGUCCCUUAUGGCUUCCAUGGAAUUUUUGUGCCUCGCAAUACCAAUUCCUAAGUAGGAAAUUAAUAUUGAUACAAAAAUGUAAGUUGUAUUGCUUAAUAUACCCACUAUAUUUAAAUUUACAUGAAUUCAAAUUUGGUUUGUAAAUAUGUACGGUUUCCAGAAAAAAAA